CACAGGAGAAACUGUUCCAAUGCCAAAGCAUGUUUGUUGGCUAGUCAGAAGUUACGUCCCACUGAAUUCAAGGAGACUUGCUCUCCGGUGGCAAGCGGCUCUCGUGCCUCAGAACAAGACCUCACCUAGCCGUGCAACCCUGUCUCCAACCGAGACCAGCUAGAUGCCCACCUCUUUCCCUGGAAGCCCACAAGUAGUGCACGACGAACGCAGAAGAUAUCCAGAGAAUUCCAGGUGCUUAGGGGUGCAGCAGGAGACUGGCCCUACAGACAAGGAUGGAGCAGGCACCCCACCGGUCUCCUCGUCCAGGCCGUUUGAACCAGAAGAGAUGCAACUAAUAGAAUCCUUUCAAGGUGUACCCACAGAAGAGCAAAACAAAAUCGUGACAAAGUUGGACCGGCUCAAAAUUCUGUUGGAAAAAUUGCAAGUAGAACAACACAGCUCAGCUUGUAAUAGAGAAAUCAUGCGGGAUCAGAAUCUGGCGGAUCCUAUCAUCCGAUCAUCUGGAAAGAACUCCUGCUCCAUGGUCUCCUAUCACACCAAACAACAGACUGUGGCGGAAAUCAAUCUAAUCCCUUUUAAAAAUGUUCCCAGCUGUGAGGAGAGUAUCCCCACCAUUAGAUACUCCAAAAACAAUCCCGAGCCACCCUAUGGCCCUUCUUGGAUCGACAUGUGUUAUCUGGAGAAUGACAAACUGGGCUCUCCCGGAAAGAACGUUUCUCCACCUGACCCUCCUGGCACUCAGGUCGGCCCAAUUAUCUCUGUUGAAGGGCCUUUGUGGCCAUGAAUUUGGGACAUCUGAACAAAUGCAAAUUCCAAACAAGUGUCAAUGAGACAUUCACGUAGUGCUAUAAUGCAUUCUGCAUAGUCACAUUUUUACCAAAGACCUACAGUAUUUUAGAAAUGUUGGCAGGAGUUCUAAAAUAAUUUUAAUUGGUGCUUUUUUCCAGCAUCCCUCAUCUGUAAAAUCCAUGAGCUUGAAGCUCUACAAGACCAGCUGUGCACACCUGAAAGAAUGAAUUACAGAAUUCUUUCUAGGAAGUACAAAAAUAAUUUUCCAAUUGGAAUCAUCUCAUGAAUAUGAGCCAAUAAAUUGAGACCUCCACGGUGAGAAUGGAAAGUAAUGCUUCCAUCUGGUGACCCCUGAAUCUCUCCUUGGCAAUCAAAUAAUGGUGCCUGACUGUUCACGCACAGUAGCGUGUCUCAAAAAGUUGUCUGUACACUACAAAAUGAAUUCAUUGUAGUAGAACUGUAGCAUUUUUUAAAAAGUUACAUUCUGCGAAUUGAGAUGGCUAUGUAUAAACCACAAUCAACACAGAGCCAAUCCACAAGUUUAAAUCCAUUGGUUUUGGUGGGCUUAAAUAUACCUAAUUAUGUUGCAUAGUGCUCGUUUCUCUACAUUGACCAGCGGAACUGGAAAAUGGGUGUUGUUCUCCAUCUUGGCAGCCUCUUUUCAACACUGAACCCUCUCCAGGUAGCUGUUUGUAUCAAUUUAUCUAUUGACUGUGUGUCAGCCAAGCCUCUGAUAAUGAUUAGUGAAGCUGGCAUGGUGGCAAUGAAUGUUCAGUUGCUGAGGGAAGUAACCAGUAGUUCAGCUUCUGAGAGGGAACAGAAACAUCAGUUUGGCUGGGAUUAGAAUUUCAUACAGUGGCAGGUUGGAGACUAGAGAAAGGAGGCUUCUGUUGUUUUUGUAAAGGCUAAAGAUAACCACUUUUAAUAUGUUAUAAAUUUUGCUUUAGUCUCAGGAGAAGUCAACUACUUAGCACACUAUUGGUGCAAGGGCCAGAUCUGUAUGGUAAAAGCAGUGACUGUCAUGAGUAUCAUACAUAGGUAACACAUACAUUGACACAAAUAUGGUUUUCUGCAAGCUGAAUGUGGACAUGCAAGGUUAUCUUCUCUCUAGUCUUUGGGAUUGUUACUAAAUGAAGGCAAUUGCCUUUGAUGCCUGGUGACUACUCUUGCAUCCCACCUAUCUGAGUGUGGCUGAAAAAGAAACAGUUUGUCAAUCUUAAAACUGGCUAGAAGAAGAAGAGGAGAGCAUGCAAUUUUGGAGCAAGCUAGCAAGAAGCAGCUUAGGAACUGCAGGCAUGUCCUGUUCCUUUGGUAGGGAUAGAUACUGCAAGACUUGUAUUGCUUAUCCAUGUGCCUGCUUGCUCUCACCAGCUCAACCUCUAUGUUUGUCAACAGCUAUUACAAACACAAUACAAGCUUCUUCCUCGCAGUGAACUGGACUCUGUGAGAUGAGUGCAAAACAAACAGAUGAGACUUUUAUGCUAAGGAGUAACAAGAUUAAACCUUGAAAUUUGCUUUGCUUGCCUCUUGUUGACACUAUCUGUAUGGUAGAACCAGAUGUUGGAGCAACAUUCAACUAUACUGCCUCUCACUGGGCUCUCUCUGUGAUGUUCAUGGUCCUAAGGCCUUGACAGGGCUAAUGCAAUAUCCCUUCCAAAGGAACUGAAGACAAACUGCCAGCAGUGUCCCCAUGAAUGGGGAUGACCUCAUCCCCCAGACAUGCAGAGCUAGGAUUAUGUGAGAACAGAAAAUAUUUACUGCAGCACCAGUGGGGAAAGGGGGAGGGAAGGGUCCCACAUAAAAAUGUAUGUGUGCAAAAAAAUAAAGGGAACCCAAGUCUAUCAACAGGCACUAGGCAUUUACGGUGGAAUUUCUGUGUAUUGCUCACUCACCUUUCAGGGGCAUCUACAGAAUGUUGUCAUCUAAUCAUUAUCCUGUAUUUUCCUGUGGUCCUUCCUUUAGAAACUCUGUUUAUCGAGCAUUCACCCUGAUUUGCUUGUAUAAAGCAAUUUGUACCAUCCACAAAUUUGAUCAGCACAAUUG